CAGCUGAGCAUAACUUCCCUAGUGUGCCGGAACUUCUCACAGAUCCGGCCUGGAAGGCAGCGUGGGGUUGGGUGUUUGGUGGUCUCUGAGGCGAGUAGAGGUUUGACCGUCUGGUGGCGUUCACUCUCGUCGCUAGAAUUUUGUCCUGGCCGCCUCCUAUUUCGGCCCUGGCGAUGGCGACGUACACCUGCAUUACCUGCCGGGUGGCUUUCGGCGACGCGGACGUGCAGCGGGCCCACUACAAGACGGAUUGGCACCGCUACAACCUGAAGCGCAAAGUGGCCGACAUGGCCCCGGUCACCGCCGAGGGGUUCCAGGAGCGGGUGCGGGCGCAGCGGGCGGUGGCGGAGCAGGAGAGCAAGGGCACGGCCACCUACUGCACCGUCUGCAGUAAGAAGUUUGCCUCUUUCAACGCCUACGAAAACCAUCUCAAGUCCCGGCGGCACGUGGAGCUGGAGAAGAAGGCCGUGCGCGCCGUGAAUCGGAAAGUGGAGAUGAUGAAUGAAAAGAACUUGGAGAAAGGGCUGGGCGUGGACAGCGUGGACAAGGAUGCCAUGAACGCGGCCAUCCAGCAGGCCAUCAAGGCUCAGCCGUCCAUGUCUCCCAAGAAGGCCCCCGCGGCGCCCGAGGAGGAGUCCAGGAGUCCCGCGGCGGUGGCCGAUGGAGGACGUGCGGCUCACGAGCGGGACCCGGCCGAGAAGCCUCCCCGGCUCCAGUGGUUUGAACAGCAGGCGAAGAGGUUGGCAAAGCAGCAGCAGGAGGAGGAGGAGAGUGAGGAGGACCUGGAUGAAGAAGAUUGGGAAGAUAUUGAUUCUGAUGAAGAGUUAGAAUGUGGGGAUGCUGACGCCAUGGACAUGGACGAAGCAGAGGAGCAGGAUGCAGAGGAGGAGACUGGGGGAGGCCCCCUCAUUGGUGCCAUCCCCAUAACAGACUGCUUAUUUUGUCCCCAUCAUUCAAGCUCUCUUAUGAAGAAUGUGGCUCAUAUGACUAAAGUCCACAGCUUCUUUAUUCCUGAUAUAGAGUAUCUUUCGGAUCUUAAAGGACUGAUUAAAUAUUUGGGAGAGAAAGUUGGUGUUGGGAAGAUUUGCUUGUGGUGCAAUGAGAAAGGGAAGUCCUUCUACUCCACGGAAGCUGUACAGGCACACAUGAAUGACAAAAGCCACUGUAAGCUCUUCACAGAUGGCGAUGCUGCUUUGGAAUUCGCAGACUUCUAUGAUUUUAGGAGUAGCUAUCCAGAUUACAAGGAAGGGGGGCACCCUGAUGAGACUGAGGAGUUGUCCUCAGAAAAGACAUUAGAAUAUGAUGAUGAAACCAUGGAGCUGAUUCUACCUUCUGGUGCCAGAGUGGGUCACCGCUCCUUGAUGAGAUACUACAAACAGCGAUUUGGCUUGUCAAGAGCUGUGGCCGUUGCUAAGAAUCAGAAGGCCGUGGGCCGGAUACUCCAGCAGUACAGAGCCCUGGGAUGGACCGGCAGCACAGGAGCGGCUCUUCUGCGUGAGCGGGACAUGCAGUAUGUCCAGAGGAUGAAAUCCAAGUGGAUGCUGAAGACGGGAAUGAAGAACAAUGCCACCAAGCAGAUGCACUUUAGGCCCCAAGUGAGAUUCUGAGGGUCUGCCAAGGAUUGAGGGAUCCGAUCCGCCUCUUGCACCAGUGCCCUCGCCUGCGGACCAGCGGGAGCUGGAUUGUGUGUCGGACCCUUCUUGCUGCUCCUCUCCCUGUACUUGAUCUGUUCUGACCUAAGAAUAAAAGUCAGAAUCUCGUUGGC